AUGCCAUCAAAGAAGCUAUUGAAGAUUAUUGUAGUUGGUGAUUCUGGCGUGGGGAAAACAUCCCUUAUGCACCAGUUCGUCAACAAUAAAUUCUCCCAACAAUACAAGGCCACUAUAGGUGCCGAUUUUCUCACGAAGGAAAUCACUUUAGAUGGCGGAAAAAGCGUAACUUUGCAGAUCUGGGAUACUGCUGGACAAGAACGUUUCCAAAGUUUGGGUGUUGCUUUUUACAGAGGUGCCGACUGUUGUGUCUUGUGUUUUGACGUGACAAAUGAGAAAUCUUUAAACAACUUGACUAGUUGGAAGGAUGAGUUUUUGGUGCAGCUGAAUGUAUCAAACCCACAAGAUUUCCCCUUUGUUAUAAUAGGAAACAAGAUUGACGUUGAUGAUUCGAAAAAGAUUCCAAGUUUACAAAAGAAAUUGCACAAUAUAACACAUAAUCAAUUAGGCGGAUUGAAUCAUCCUGUGUUUGAAACAAGUGCAAAAGAUGGGGUCAAUGUGGAAAAUGCUUUUGAGGUUGUUGCAAAGAUGGCAUUGCAACAGGAGGAGCUUAAUUCGGCAAACGGCGGUGACGAUGAUUACAAUGACGCAAUCAAUAUACACUUGGAGUCUGAUUCAAGCGCUUGCGGUUGUUAA